GUGCACUACAAUUAUUGUUUUAGGUUAUAGUUUAUGCAUGUGUUAAUGGCGGUUAUGUACCUAGUAGUUACAGAAUGGCAUCGCAAUUUAGUGAAGAUUGUAAAUACUAUGCCCAUUUAUCAAGCGAUGGUAAACUAAAAAUUUGGCACACAUCAACAAGUACCUUGGAACAAGAAUUUACGCCAGAAUUUCAUCUAACAGCGCCGUGUACAUGUAUACAUUUUAUAAGUUCUACUUCAUUAAGAAAGGAAGCUUCACCUCGAAAAAAGAAAAAACGAGAUUCUCUGGAAGUUGCUCCCUACAUAGCUUUAGGUACAAGUUCUGGUAAAUUGCUGCUGUAUUCAGUAGGAAAAGCAGAUUUAGAAUCGAAUAUUAAUAGUAAUACCAAUCAGUCUAUUAAUUGCCUUUCAUGGAAUGUUGGUAAUUUGAUAUAUUCAGGUGUUGAGCAGAAUAUUAUUUGUUGGGAUCUUGAGAAAAAAUCUAUCCGAAGCAAGUGGAAAGCAGGUAGUGAAGUGGUUACAAGUAUUUUAGAAGUGCCAACAAGUAAUAGAUUGUUGACUGCUUCAAGAAGUAUAAAAUUAUGGAAUGUAGAUACCAAGGAACUUUUGCACAUUUAUACAGGUCACACUCAUGAUGUGAUAUUGUUGCAUUAUAUAAAUCCUCGGAACUCUUCAGAAGCUUAUUUUUUAAGUGGAUCUAAGGAAGACAGAAUUGUUAAUUGCUGGAGUGUAAGUGAGAGUGUUGAAGAGAAAAAUUCACUGGUGAGUUUUGUUUUGGAUGAUGCUCCUAAAGAUAUUUCAGUGGCUGUUAAUGCGGAUGGAUCAACAUACUUGUCUGCAACAUCAAGGAAUGGUGUAGCUCAUAUCUUUCGGCACACUCUAAAUGGAAGGAGUAAUAAACCUCUUAAACCAAAACAAACAAUUCAAGUUGUCUCAAACACAUCUGAAAAUGAAGGUACUGUAAUUCCGAUUCCCAUAUUGUGUGCAACAAUAGGCGACAACAUGCGUUUACUUAUUGGCCAUGGAAACCAUGUAAUGAUGACUUUUGAGAGUGUAAUAAUUACUGACCAUGAAAAAGUUCAAUGUCUUAUUAGAAAAGAUCCUCGCAGCAUUCUUUCAAACAAAUCAAAAGGAAAAAGUAAUUCAAAAGUUAAAACACCAGUUACAAACGAUGCACACUAUUUAACGCCUUUCUCAUCCACGAAUACUGUAAAAAGGAGAAAUGAUGGUACACAGGAAGUUCCAAUGGAAAAACGCCUUGAAAAUUUAACACUUAACAAAGUCGGGAAUAAGUCGGAGGCAUCCCAAAUGGAAAAUUUGGCUCAUUUGCUUGUCCAAGGGCUUCAUAGUAAAGAUAAAUUUUUGCUCACAAACGUUUUCCAGAGGCGAGACGAAAAUAUUAUAAGAAAUACAGUGAAAAGAUUGCCUUUACCAGUCAUCAUUCCUCUUAUUGAAGAACUGACUGCAAUGAUUCAAGGAAAAACAUUGUCUAGCAAAAUAGGAGCAAUAUGGCUACAUUAUCUAGUGCAAAAUAAUGCUGGUCUUUUAAUAUCAAAUCCUGAUAUAUCUGCUAUCCUUGGUCCUGUAAUUGGAAACAUAGAAAGCAGGCUGAGUUUACAAGCCCCUUUGAGCAAAUUAAAGGGCAGACUGAGCUUACUUUUAUCGCAAGUGACGUCUUUCAAUUCUGAAGAAAGCAAUCAUAAUGAAGAACCUAUAUUAGUCUACAAUGAUAAGGGUUCAAGUGAUUUAGAUUUGGAAGCGAUGGACUAUGGCGUUCAUGUGGAUAGUGACAAUGAAUGGGUAGAAGAAGAUACUGCGGAAGAAGACAGCGAACAAGAAGAUAACGACGACGAAGCACAACAGUCCGAUUCUGAAAUGUCAACGUAAAACAAAUAUAAGUAUUCAUAAAAUACUUUUUCCAUUGUCAUAAAAUGAUAUAAAGUGUUGUGGGCAGUUCAGCUUACAAAUUUUAUUUGUUAAUAAAAUUAUAUUAAUUAUUGUA